GCAUAGUCCAGCGCUUGUGGCCAAGCAGAAAAUGUUGUUCAGGCAUGCUCGCAAAUAUUUUAGCAGGGCCAGGAUAAACGCUGGUUCAGAGUACUAUAAAGUACCCCCAAAACCAGUGAAUGGAAAAUUUAAACAUCUUGCCAUGCCUUUGGUUACUCCUAAAAGGGGCCGGAACUUACGAGAUUCGAAUAUUCCGAAGUGGAGGAGCUUCAAGAUUUACAUCAGGGAACUUACACAGAUGUAUACUCCUAAGAAGAGUGAGUUGAAAAAUUUAAAAUCAAAGGAAAUUGCCCCUACAGCGAGCGGAAAACAAUUCAUUGACCCAAGGACUCAAAACUCAAUUAAAAUCGAAAAAUACAAGAUCAAGCCCCCAAUGAGUCUUCCUGUACCUACAGCAACAAGCUCAAAAGUAUCUGCCGUGGGUCUUCUUCAUGGACUAAUUAGUAGGUUUGUCUUUACCCAAAAGCGAACCAAAAAACUUAAGAAAAGAAGUCAACUUAAUAAUUUCCAGCCUAAGAAAACGUAUAAAAGGAGCAUCAUUAACAAAUCAAAAGUCUUCAAAUUACCUCCACAACAUCAAAAACGAAGGAAAAAUGAAGUAGAUAAUAAUCUGAAAGAAGUUGUUUCAGUUAUGCAGGAGCUGGGCGAGUUUAAAGGUAUAAAGACUCCCAAAAAGGUGACGGAGAGAAGACAUCGAACUAUUUUAAGGAAGUUUUCCCGAAACGCCCUUAACUUGCAAACCGCGCAUAAAAAUUUAUCAAAGUACAAGAUUUCAACAGGAGAAAUACAACGCGAUACAACAUAUCCUGAACCAUCGAAGACACCAGCAAAGAGAAUCAAAACCAACGAAUUUAAGAAAGAAAGUCAACUUAAUCUCAAACCUAAGAAAACGUAUAAGAGGAGCAUCGUUAACAAAUCUAAACUCUCCAAAUUAUCCGUACAACAUCAAAAACGAAGGAAAAGUGAAGUGUCAAAUAAACUGAAAGAAGUUGUUUCAGUUAUGCAGGAGCUGGACGAUUUUAAAGAUAUAAAGACUCCCAAAAGGCAGGAGGAGAAAAUGAACCGAACUAUUUUAAAGAAGUUUUCCGGAAGCGCCAUUAGUUUGCAAGCCGCUUUUGCAGAUCUAUUAAAGUACACGGUUCCAACUAGAGAAACACAACGCGAUUCGAAGACACCAGCACCAGCAAAAAGAAUCAGAAACAACGAAUAUAAGAUGACCAAAUCCUCUGGGAACAAAGGAUUUGAUUUUAAGCUAGGCAAAGGACUAAAAAUCCACGACUAUGGUUUCAAGAAUCUCAAGAGGGCAUUUUCCAAGCAAGAUACUAUCAAUGAUUCCAAAUCACACACACCAAGGGAGGCAGAAAUUAUUUCUAACCGCAAAGCCUUCCGUACCAUGGACACGAAUCUGAGGAAUUUCACUAGACAAACUGCUACUAACAUCUUUAUUAACGUUGACAGGCUCAGCGACAAGAAAGUUGGCUCAAAGUUAGAACUUUUGGAGCAACUAAAUCGAUUAGAGAUUUUAAAACACGGCAUUAGCGACAAUUUUGAGUACUUUGAGGAAUCUGUUUCGCCGUUGGGCUAUGAGAUUUCUGAAAAAUUAAAUAGAACAUUUGCGUCGAUCAAAAGAAUUAAUCAGUCCAGGACGAAUGCGGAAAUGUUUAUUUCAGACGGCAGAGAUUCAGCCUUGGACUUCCUGACUUACGAUGACGAUCAAGGCAAGUAUGUUCCCUUGGCCAAGGAGAAACCCCAACCACCCAAUCGUCGAAGAAAGAAACGAUCUAAACAAUUUGUCGUUCCCCAAACUGACGCAGGUACCCAGACCGAAUGCGAGUGUGAAAUUUGCAGCUUUAUGCAAAAAUAUAAGACUGAAAAAGAUUCACCUUUGCUAAUCGAAAUGGCAAUGAAAAGAGAUUUCUUGGAUCAACGACAAUACUACAUGGAAAAUCUCAAGAAUAGAAAAUUAACAGCACCUGUUUCAGAAAAAAGGCAAUCGAUCUCUUUAACUAAGCCCAAUCAAAGCGAUUAUGACGCGCAACACAGAAAUCACAAAGAUGUAAAUUUGUAUUCUCAUUACCCCAACAUCAUUUCCGAAACCUUUAAGAACCUUACAUCUCCCCUUCCAUUUGAUAACUACACACGAGAACUAUUUAAGGCUUACAAGGCACUCGAUGUGACAAAAAUGCUAUCACGAUGCUAUCAAACACUUUUUGAAGCCGAGCAACUAACGAACGGAAUAUUACCAAAUACCUUUGAUCCUUAACAGAAUCUAGUCAAUCAAUUAA